AUGAAGAUGAAUAUAAGAGAAUCAACAAAAGUUUGUUUUUGUCGUCAUGGAAUGGGAUUCCAAAUAUAUGCGCCGCUCACAUUCCAAAGAUGCGAAUCAAUGCAGCUUAGACAACAAGUUAAAUACUUUGUUGUCGAGAAUCACAAACAAUUCCAAAACAGUAAAAAUUUUCAUAGUUUUGAUGGACAAGCAAGUCAAGGCUAUUGA